AUGCUGGCCCUGACCAGGGCGCCGCCGCUGCUACGCCCCUUGGUCCUGGCCAGAUCUCGCCUGCUGCCUUUGCUGCUAGCAAGACCGCCACCACUGGCUCCCUUGAUUCCAAGACGGCCCGCCACAUCCUCCACCCGCAAGCCCAGGGCGACUCGAAAGGCGGCAACCAGGACCUCGAGGGCCGCGCCGGCGUCGUCCGGCAAGGAUGACAAGCCGGGAUGGCCACCCCUGGCCCAGUCGGUGCUCGACGACAUGGCCAAGUUCUCCGACUGCGUGCUCCUCACCCGCGUCGGCGGCUUCUACGAGUCCUACUUCCACCAGGCGCCCCAGCUCGCCUCGAUCCUCGGCAUCAAGCUCGCAAACCGCCGCUGGGCUGGCCAGGACGUAGGCAUGGCCGGCUUCCCCGCACACCAGCUCGAAAAGUACCUCAAGACGCUCGUCAUCGACAAGGGCCUCCUCGUCGCCAUCAGCGAAGAGUACCGAUCCCCAACGCUGCACAACGAAAAGGCCGACAUCCAGCGUCGAGUGCAGCGCGUCGUCUCCGCCGGCACCCUGAUGGACGAAAAGUUCGUCGACCCGUUCCGCAACAACUUCGUCCUCGCUAUAUCGCGCGUGGCCCUGCGGGGGAUCGAUGGAGCCAUCGAGGCCGGUGUACGGGCUGAUCCGACCCGGGCGCCGGCGUACUCGACGACGGCAGCAACACCAACGCCACCGCCAUCUUUCGGCUACGGUCUGGCGUGGCUCGACGUGGGCACCGCCGACUUUAGCACGACGACCUGCGCCGACCUUGCUUCGCUGCGCGACGAGAUCGCCCGAGUAUCGCCCCGGGAGAUCGUGCUCGAGCCUCGCCUCUUUGGCACCCAUUCGACUUCGGCCUCGGCUGGGGAGGAUCCUGCAACAGAUGGCGGAGGCGGCAGAGCCUCGUACGGUGGCGACCAAGGCGCUGGCUCAGUCAGCCGGGAUGGGCCGCUCGAGGAGGCCAUCACCGUCGUCGACAGCACCGUCUCGCGCCUCGACGUCGAAACGGACGAGGAUCCGAUAGUCGCGGCGUCGGCGUGGGAGGCCGAGGCCGAGAGCGGCGCGGUGCGGAAUCUGGUGGCCUACCUCCGCUCCCGCCUGCUCGACCACGACGCCGAGAUCGACGCACUCACCACUGCGCGGCCGAUGCGACUUCAGCAGGACGAUCACAUGCAGAUUGAUGCCCACACGCUUUCGGCGCUCGAGGUCAAGGAAGUGGCGCGGGAGGGAGGCGUCAAGGGCAGCCUGUUUAGCGUCAUGCGGCGGACUGUGACCAAGGGCGGCACCCGUCUGCUGCAGCAGUGGCUAGCCACUCCGAGCACCUCGCUGAGCGUCAUCGAAGCCAGGCUGGCGCUGGUCGAGCUCUUCUUGCGGCGGCCUUUCCUGCGGGACGACCUCCGGUCCGUGCUGCGGCUAGGGGCCGGCGACAUCUCUCGCGUACUGCAGCGCCUCAUCACUCGCCGCAACAACGAGCAGGACCUGCUCGAGGUGCGAGACUUUAUCCAGGCCUGCGAUCAGAUCGUCUCGAAGCUCCAGCAGGAAGCGCAGUACGAGGCCGACGCCGACGUCAAGGCCGAGCUGGCGCCGCUAGUGGCGCUCGGGGACAAAUUCAAGGUCCUGACGCCGCUGGGCGAGCGUCUCGGCGGCGCCAUCGACGAGCGCGUGAUUGAGCACAGGCUACGGCGGCAGGAAGCCAUUGCUCAGUCCAUCGAGAGUACGGUUGCCGGGACCGAUGGCGCGUACGGCGACGAAAUCGACUCGGCCGGUGAGGGCGGAAAGGGCGCUGCGCCGACCGAAGUGGCGGCUGCGACCACGGCAAAGGCCCGGAGGCGAACUAAGGCCAGCGACAUCGACGAAGCCGAACCGGACGCGACCAUGCUGUGGGGCGAAGACUUCGAGCACCUGAUCCGACCAUCCACGUCCAAGACGCUCACGCUGAUGACCAAGACGCUGGAAAAGCUGCGGCGCGACGCCCGCAAGCUCGAGGCCGAGUUCAAGGCCAAGCACGGCGAGCAUAUUUCGCUGCGCUUUGUGCUGGGCCAGGGCUUUGUCGUCCACGCCCGCGGCAAGGCGGCGCGCGACCCGGAGCGCGAGCUGCACGUGGCGGGCAAGCUGCGAUCGACGCACACCUACUACUCGGAGCGGUGGACGCUGCUGGGCGGCAAGGUGCACAAGCUGAUCAAGGAAAUGAAGGACAAGGAGGCGCUCGAGCUCGAGCAGCUGCGGCAGGACGUGCUCAUCGAGCUGGCCGCGCUGCGGUGGAACGCCAAGCUCCUCGACCAGCUCGACGUGCUGGUGGGCUACGGCCAGGCGGCACAGGAGCUCGGGCUGGUGCGUCCACAGGUCGACGACAGCCUCGACUUUGACGUGCGCGGCGGGCGCCACCUGAGCGUCGAGAUGGGCCUGCUCGAGCAGCACCGCCUGUUUGCCGCUAACGAUCUGCGCCUCUCGCGCUCGUCGUUCCUCCACCUCAUCACGGGCCCCAACAUGGGCGGCAAGAGCACCUUUCUGCGUCAGAACGCGAUGAUUGCCAUCCUGGCGCAGGCGGGCUCGUUUGUACCCGCCCACUCGGCGCGGAUCGGCAUCGUGGACCGCGUCUUUAGCCGGGUGGGCGCCAAGGACGACCUUUUCCGCGAUCGCAGCACCUUCAUGGUCGAGAUGAUGGAGACUUCCGAGAUCCUGCGUCGCGCCACGGAGCGGAGCCUCGUCAUCGCCGACGAGAUUGGACGCGGCACCACGACCGAGGUGGGCCUAGCCGUUGCGUUCGCCACCCUCCACCACCUCUACGCCGUCAACCGCUGUCGCACCCUGUUUGCAACGCAUUUCCACGAGGUGGCCGAUAUGCUCGGAUUCCACGACGGCGAAGGCGACGACGACGGGGCAGUACGACGCGACGAGGGGCGACGACGAUUUGCCGCCGUCGAUUUCUUCUGCACCGACGUGACUGAGUCAGAGGACGGCUCGAUCACCUACUCGCACCUCAUCCGACCGGGCGUCAACCGAGAAUCGCACGGCCUCAAGGUGGCCAAGCUGGCAGAGAUGCCCCAGGCUGCGCUCGACGUCGCCGCUGCCACCCUCGACUGGCUGCGACACAGGCGCGACGGCCCCCACACACACACCAGCAGAGCCGACGACGACGCGGACCGACCGCAGGGCGACCACGAUGCAUACGAGGGACUGUACAACAGGCUGCCACCGGCAGAGCGAUGA